UACUCUUUUUAUUUAAUUCAAGCACAUUGCUAACUGAAACCAAUCCAAAACUUUCUUUAACAUUUAAAAGGGUUUUGGGAAAUUGCAACACAUGUGUUAAGGGUUCAGAAGAAGUUAAAUUACGAUAUUGGCUGUUUACUAAGCUAUUAUGCCCGACUUUGUCGGUCUGUGUGUGCUCAUCAGCGUGUUGAUAAGUCUUAUAACGGUAGCUGGUUACAUUUGGUGGUCGGGACUAUUCUCAGACAUCAUCAUACUAACUGGCUCUCCUCCCGUAAAGAAGAUUACAUUUGCUUAUAAAUUUAAAGAAGGACCCUACAAAGACUGCAGACAACUUUUCAAGGAGUCUCAUCGUAUUGGACCAAAGCUUUCAUCAAUCGGAGUAUAUUACGAUGAUCCUGAAAAGGUGCUGGGACCACAGUGCCGCUCUGCUGUCGGCAGUAUUCUGAGUAAGGGCGACAACAAGCCAGACGAGGAACUUAUAAAGAGCUAUGAGACAUCUGGCUUCAGGGUCUUUUCCUUUCCCGAAGUCACACAUGUGGUCACUACCUCAUUCCCCCUCAAGAGUUUUUUCUCUGUGCUCCUGGGAGAAAGAAGAAUUUAUCCAAGGCUAAAGCACUACAUCAAGGAAAGGCGACUGUGUGCACACCCAUUCCUUGAGAUCUACAGAGAGGGUCAGAUUCUGUUCAUGGCCCCCUUGGCCCGGCAAGACGAUUUCUAUGUGCCUGAAGUCCGAAAGGCAGAGAGGAGGCUGUCGGAACAAGAGGACUUGCACAGUGACUCAGAUCUCUCAGGUGCAGACUCAAACAGUGAAUACAGCUCAGGGAGUGGGGUUCUUCUGUCGGACAGCAGAGAGACGUCCCUGGCGGCGUCCUCAGUCCACUCAGUGCCUAUCCAGGAUCAAGAGGAUAGAAACUGCAAUGGAAGAAGCUCCCGGGGAAACUCAUUUAAAGAGCUGGACUGGGAGCAGAAAAACAGAGAAGAGCAACUUCAUGAAGACUCCGACCAGAAGAGCCCAGAGGCUCCCACUCAGGAGUGGUGGGGUGCUGUUGGAGAAGAGGAGUGAGACAUAUUAGUUGAGGGAGGGGAGGAAGGGAUUGAAAUUUGAGAGGUUUGGAAGUUCAAACUAUAAAGAGGUGUGCCAAUUUGGGUCCAUGUCCAAAAGGGGAGACAUUAAAGGAUAAGGGAGGUGGUAUUUUGUUUUUGUUCUUUUGAACACUGAACAAAUCUCAUGAAAAGAACCAAACAAUGUUUUUUUCUUCUGAACCAUUUCUCAACGUCCUUGCCCUGAAAGCAAAUUAGUUUAGAAAAAAAUAAUAAUAAAAGGGUAAUGAAUUUGUAGUUUCUUUAAAACAAAAUUAAGAGCAAAUGUAAAUGUUCUAAAACAGCGCUGUAUUUGUAUAGAAAAUAUUACAGCAGUGAAACGUACAUUUAGUACUAAAUGCAUUAAGUGAGUAUUUUCUGCAGCAGGAUGGUUUAUUCAGGGCCAACUCUAAGGAAAACUACAGUGACCGUGUUCAUGAAAUAAGGGUCACAAUGUCCAACAGUAUAUAAAAAAUAAUAUAGUAAUAUAGUAAGUAAUAGUAACUGAACCAGAUUACAAUUUUAAAGUGAAAGUAUUAUAAACAACAAAUAUGCAGAACUUAUCCAGGUAGCCUGAGAUUCUUGAAACAUUUUUACAGAAGGUAUGUCUAUGUUUUUCCAAAUGACAAAGAGGACUGAGGACCUGGUUAGAAAAACCUUUUACUUGAAACGUCUUUAGUUUGCUGUACUGAGGCUGAACAUUAUUGCAUUUUACCAAUAUUUUUUUGUUCACAAACAAAUGGAAUUCUAGUCAUUUUUAAAGACUUGACAAACGGCAUUGAAAUGACUGUAAGCGCAUGGACCUCACAAUGUGAUGUAUAUUUUUCAGUUUUUAAAUAUUGUGUUUGACUGAAAGUGUGUUGCCCUGAAUUUUUCUGUGUGUUUUUUACAAGGCUCUGCGAUGGCAUAGCUCUGUUGGUGAUGCACAAGUUUUGAUAUAAAUGUUACUUCAUCUCCAAAGAGGAAAGUGUGAGUGAAUGCAUAUUUGCCUAAUUUGUGAACUCCUCCUGAGCCCCUCGGAGAUUGGGGACACGAUUAUGGUGAGUGUGUGGCCUGCUUCCAUUAUCAGUCAUAAAAGAGAUGACAAGGCAAGUGGGCUAACGAUUAAUAUUAAUUUCAAUUACACUGAAAGCAAAGAAAGCUCUGUGUGACUCUACCUUUUAUUUACAGUCACUCUACACCUGCUUUCUUGCAUCCCUAAAUUAUUCUCAAACACUUAUUCCUAGCUCGUUCAUUUUCUGUUCACCCGUCAUAUUUUUUUCAUUUAUGCCAUCUGCUUUUCCUUUGCACAGGCUAAUUUCUGCUUGUUUUUUUUUUUCUCCUUUUGUUAUUUUCUCUUUCCCUCUGAAAUAAAUAUGGCAGGUGCAUCCUGAAAGACCACCUGAUGACCCACACAGCCUAUAAUGUGUGUCCAGUCAUAUCAAUAUCCUUUAUCUUCUAACAAACAAGAGAUCACAGUGUGCUCGUCGCAGCAAGCCGUGCUCACCUGGAGGGUUCAGGCAGCUCAAACGAUGUGCAUGUGUUUUAUCAAGUAAGAGGAAAGCCAUACGUGACAGUUUCAACUAAUGCCAUUUCAUAUGAGCUAAAAUAUGUUAAUGUAACAUUCUCCAGGUUUUCACUUGGACAGAAAUGAGUAAUGCUUGAAAGCUUUUCUCUGUCCCUUCGCUUUGCUGUUGUGUGUUUAAUAUGACUAAAAACACCACCAACAAGGCUCUCUUUAAAUAUAACUGUGGCCUUACAUUGACAGAUAAACUGUCAUCCUGCAAAGGCUACACAAAGAGGCUGUUAAAGCCCAGAGAUAGGGAAGAGAGGGUCGUUUUACAAAAGCUAUUAAAGUUGUGCUAUUCCGUCUAUCAUUAUGCAUUCACAGCUAUACAUGCGUACUCAUUAUGCAUGAAUGAUUAUCCAUAAUAUUAAUUCAAACUAAGAUGUUCGAAUAGGAAAAUUAAUUCAGCUCCUUAUGCUGACUAAGGCUUGUGUGUAUCCAUUUAGAGAUCUGUUUAUGAGUUAUCUUUAAAACCAAAUUAUCCAGAUGAGCCAUUACACCUUAUUAUCUGACCAGGCUCACCUCAGUUGGAUUUUCUUUUUUUUUUGUGUCUGGCUGUCAUUUCUGUACAUUAUCCUUCAGUGUUGUCUUUGAGGAAAAUAAAAAUGCAUUAGGGAUAUUUAA